UGAAGUACGUACGCAAACAUACUUAACUUGUUAGCAUCUAGAGAAGAGUAAAUAUUUCACUAGCUGGCCCAUAAAUGUGCAUAACAGUUAUGCAUCAAACAUCUUCUGAACCGCGACGGUGCAGCCAGAUUAAAGUAUCAGCCAUGAGAGUAUCUUUUUUGAUAAUUUUCUUAAUAAUUCAUGAAAGUUGUGGUGUUUCGAUGAACGAGAUAGAUUAUUCUGGAUUGUAUAAUCCUAAUGUAACAAAUGCUGAUCAAACAUUAUCAAGGAAAAAGAGGUUUCUGCUUUUUCCAGUUGGUGCUAACCUUCUGGUGACGGCGUCCGGAGUUAAAUCAAUGAUAUUCAAAGGACCUGGUGGAAAUGUCGCCAUUUUAGAGCUAGAUAUGUAUCAUCCACUACCAGAUUAUAAGAACCGCAUUACGCAACUUAAAUUGGGUGAAAUUGCUGGACAGCCAAAACCUCCACCCCCACCAACUUUACCACCGCUUGCAAUGGCAGACCCUCACGAUCACCAUUAUGGGCAUGAAUUGUCGGAUAACGAGGUACAAGAAUACCUCAAGGCCCACCCAGACACGUGGGUUCCGCAGGGAUACGCCAAAGACAGAACAGAUUGGUUCCCGCAAGGUACAUACAAUCCAUACCCCAAAUACUACCGACAAAGCAUUUCUCCGAGUUACAAUCCGUACAAAUCUAACCUAUGGGGCUACGAGUCAUCGAAUUCCUAUCGCAUGAAAAGAUCGGAUGAUGCGACAAGUGAACAUGAUCUUGUCGAAGGCGAAGACAAAUACAAUAUUAGCCACCAUCGUGAUUGGGAACACUAUUAUCACUAUCGGGAAAAACGAGACUUGUAUCACACAUUGGAACAUUUUCUUGGGGGAGGCUAUCGCCUUCAGAUGAAAUCUUGUAUAAUGCGAGCCAUAUGUGAAGCACGGAGCUUUCUUCUACCAAAAGGUAGAUCCAUGAUGAUGGAUAUUCUGAGGAUUUUGUUCAGUGUUCCGUUGAAAAAUGACCUCCAAGAUGACUAUAGUCAAGCAAUGAGACACGACAACAUGGAUUGCCACGAUGUUUAUGGGAAAGAGUGCUCCGUUAGUAUAUUAUAUUUGAUCCUAUUCGGGAAGUUUAGUCCUUGAUAAACUAAAGACAAGC